AUGGGUGUAGAAAACUUUAUUACCAGACCUGAACCAAAAAAACUAAUAUUUGCUUUACUACACAAUAGGACGCCAGGUGUUGCAUGCUUUGAGGAUGAAAAGAAGGUGCUAUAUAUCAUCAACAACCCAUUGACUUUAGAACCAUUCAUUGCCAAACUUCUCGGUAAAAAAACAAACGUGAGCAUAGUGUACGAGUUUUAUACCUUGAACGAGAUAUGCGAUUUUUUCAAGUUCCUAUACCAGCAGACCCAAUUGGGCACCAUUUUGUUUCAGCAGAAUGUGACCAUUGUCGUUAAUCGGAGGUUUAUCUCAACAUACUCAAUAAAAUCAACCUUGACAAUUCAGUUGAUAAGGUACUUGAGCCUAAAACAUCACUGCCAAAUCGUAUCUACAGAUAAAGAAAUUUACUCGAAAAUGAUAUCACUUGAAAGUAUAGACAAGCUCAUUGAUCUAGAAAAUGUUAAAGUGCAGCCCAACUAUGUAGAGGCUCGCGAAACAGGCAGUGAGCCUCAUUUUGACCUUUUCAUCCCAAGUUCUUGGGAUAGUUGGAAUAGGAUAAUUGUACAUGGGAAAUCGGUGAUCAUUUCGCCAGAUAAUGAUAGAGUAGAUGGGAUAAUUCGUGAUGAAAAAGUAUUGGAAAUGUUAGAUCAAGAAUACGAAGCACAAAUAUCUGAAAAGAACUCACAAGUUUCAGCUUUGGCAAACUACUUGAGUAAAUAUGACGAAAAUCCCGAGCCAAAAGAGUCAGACAUAGCUAGGGAGAAAGUACCAAAAACAAUGAAUGAGUUUCUACAGGAGGUUUUGAACUUGGAUGAAAUCAGUGCUUCAUAA